AUGACGCUGGACUGGCAGCUGCUACAAACUCUCCGUAAGCUGAUCCGCAAAUUCGAUGCUGACGGUUCCGGGAAGCUGGAAUUUGAUGAGUUUUGCGCGUUGGUCUACACUGUCGCCAACACCGUCGACAAGGACACUCUACAAAAGGAGCUGAGGGAUGCGUUCCGGCUAUUCGACAAGGAGGAAAUGGGUUACAUUCUCGGCGACUGA